UGUUUGGAAUCAGAGGAGGGGGAGAGGAUGAAGAUAAGGAGGAGGAGGAUGAAGAGGAAGAGGAGGAGGAGAAGGAAGAGCAGGAAGAAGAAAACGAUGAAGAGGAGGAGAGGAUGAAGAGGAGGAGGAUGAAGAAAAGAAACAGGAGAAGAAGAAGAGGAUGAAAAAGUGGAGGAGGAGAAGAGGAGGAGAAGGAAGAAAAAGUAGAUAAAAGAGAGGAAGAGGAGGAGGAAGAAGAGGAGGAAGAAGAGGAGGAGGAGGAGGAGGAGGAGGGAGGGUGAAAAAGAGGAGGAGGAAGAAGAAAAAGAGAAGGAGAAGGAAGUGGAAUCAGGCUAAACCUCCCUUUGCUCCCCUUCACUACCCAAAAGCAAUAUGCCAUCUCCCCCCCCCCCCCCCCCAAUUGAUAGAAGCGCCUCCGACCAUGGCUCCAACCACACACACACACACACACACCCACCCACCCCGGAUCGAGACCAAGGUCGGGACCUUCCCCGUCGGGUCUCCUGCCCUCCCAGAGCCGCUGGCCAGAGCGGCUGCCAGUGCCUGCCGAGCGGCUGGGCCAUCUCCGCGCAUGCGCCGCGCGCUCUCCUCGGCAUCAGAGCCCUCCUCGCCGCCUGUGGAUGGAAAGUUGCAUUCCUUGAACCUUCGCGGGAGGGGGCGGGGAGGGGGAAGGCGAGGAGGGGGAGGAGGGGAGGAGGGGGAGAGAGGAGGCAGCGGCGCUCUCGGCUCGCGGAGGAGAAGGAAUGUGGGCAGUUGGGCGCCGGGAGUGCGUGGGGAUCGUGGUCUUCGCCGUGCUGCUGGUCUGCCGGGCCAAGAGCAUGAACGAGCCCAGCAACAUGUCCUACGUGAAAGAGACCGUGGACCGGCUGCUCAAGGGCUACGACAUCCGCCUCAGGCCGGAUUUUGGAGGCUCUCCCGUGGACGUGGGCAUGAGGAUCGAAAUCGCCAGCAUAGACAUGGUGUCCGAAGUCAACAUGGAUUACACACUCACUAUGUAUUUCCAACAGUCUUGGAGGGAUAAAAGACUGUCAUACUCUGGGAUACCUUUGAAUCUGACUUUAGAUAACAGAGUGGCUGACAAUCUCUGGGUACCAGAUACAUAUUUCCUGAAUGACAAGAAAUCUUUUGUUCAUGGAGUUACUGUGAAAAACCGAAUGAUUCGGCUACAUCCAGAUGGAACAGUUCUUUAUGGUUUGCGGAUCACAACCACAGCUGCCUGUAUGAUGGAUUUACGUAGGUACCCUCUGGAUGAACAGAACUGCACGCUGGAAAUUGAAAGCUAUGGCUACACAACAGAUGAUAUUGAGUUCUAUUGGAAUGGGGGUGAAUCUGCUGUGAGUGGAGUUAGUAAGAUUGAGCUCCCUCAGUUCUCAAUUAUGGAUUACAGAAUGAUCUCAAAAAGAGUUGAGUUUGCAACAGGUGCAUAUCCUCGGCUAUCACUGAGUUUUCGGCUUAAGAGAAAUAUCGGCUAUUUCAUUUUGCAAACCUACAUGCCUUCUACUCUGAUUACAAUUCUAUCCUGGGUAUCUUUCUGGAUCAACUAUGAUGCAUCUGCUGCACGAGUUGCACUAGGAAUCACCACUGUGUUGACGAUGACUACUAUCAGCACUCACCUCAGGGAGACGCUGCCAAAGAUCCCCUAUGUGAAGGCAAUUGACAUCUACCUAAUGGGAUGCUUUGUGUUUGUGUUCCUUGCCUUGCUGGAGUAUGCUUUCGUAAACUACACAUUCUUUGGUAAAGGUCCUCAGCAUCAGAAGAAAGCUGCUGAAAAGGCCACCACAGAGAAGAAGAAACUGGAAAUGAAUAAAGUUCAGAUUGAUGCCUGUGGGAAUAUUCUUCUUACAACCCUGGAAAUGAGAAAUGAAGUCAGCGGGUCCAAUGUGCUUGGAAGUCUGAAUGACCCAAGAGGAACCAUGUAUUCCUACGACAGUGCCAGCAUCCAUUAUAGAAGGCCGCCUCCUACAAGAGACCUCUACAGCAGAAGCCCUUUGGACAGGCACACAGUCCAUCAAAAGGGACGCUUACGAAGAAGAGCAUCACAACUCAAAGUCAAAAUCCCAGAUUUGACUGAUGUCAAUUCCAUAGACAAGUGGUCCAGAAUGGUCUUUCCUAUCACAUUUAUUCUUUUCAAUGUUGUCUAUUGGCUUUAUUAUGUGCACUGAAUUACGCUGUGAUCCCUCCACCCAAUCAACCCAAACACCUUUUCUCCUUUUUUUUUUGCCAACCUUAAGGACUACAGUAGCCACAAUGCUACAGUACAAUAUUCAGCCAUGUGUUGGGUUAGGGUGUCCUUUUUACCACAUCCAAAAAUUACUUCAUGUUUACUUCAAAAAAGACAAUAUCUAUUCUUUUUGAUCUGCUUUCAGAAAGCGACGACAUUGAAGACGUAAGUGCCAUUCUUCUGUCUCAUUUUAAGAUUAUUUCUGGUGAUCUUUCCUUUCGUUUUUCCUAGCAUUUAAAAUGAGAACCGUUUUCUCUUUUAUCAUGAAGUAGAUUGGUAUUUCACUGCAUUUUGAAAAGUAUGAAGCUUAACAGAGUUCAGGUGAUAGUUGUGAUCCUAUGCACACUUACCCGGGAGCGAGCUCUUUACUUACUUCUGAGUAAACAUACAUAGGAUUGGGCUGGAAUUCUUUUACUAUAAAUUAUCUACCAGAACAAGAGUUGAUUUUAUAAUGUAGGCAUAUAUGGAAACCUUUGAGAUAGAGCAAAGUUAGGAUGAUUGGGUUUAAACAAUACACUUGCCAAAUAACAGGUUUAAGAACAUAUUUAGAAAUUAAAAGGGUACCGUUGGUGAUGAUUUUACAUACAUGUCUUUGAAAGAAAAAGAAAUGAUAGGAAGAAUGUACAGAAAAGUUUGACCUCUCACACAGAUGUGGGAUUGCUCUCCUCAGUGGUGCCUGGUGUGACAUGCAUAUCCAUCUCUAAAAACAAAUCAGGCUUUCAGUUUCUUCAGAAAUGUUCUGUUACUUAUAAGGAAAUAAAGUCCCAUGUAGUUUGAUAGCUAUGAUUUCUGUAAGCAGGUGAACUCUAGACUGAACAAAUUAUCCUAUAUGCUAAUGUAUAAGUCUAGAAAGUUAAGUCAAAAAAGCAAACCCCAAAAACCUGGGUUGGCUCAUCCAUGGAUCAAUGUAAGUACCUAAGUACUUACCAAUGUAAGUGCAAUGUAAGUACUCAACUCUGAUCCAAAAAUGAAGAGUCUCCAGCACUGAGCAGAGUGGUGAAAUGUAAGAGCUUAGUCUGUCCUCAGAUAACCUAGAAAAAGCACUGACCACCUCUACUCUCUCUGUCAUGACAUUUUUUCUCUCCGCUGAAUGACCCUCCACUUAUCUACGGUUCAUAAUUUUGUCCCCAAAGCCUUCUCUCAAUCUAUACAUUAGGUCAACUUAUACAUGAGUAUAUAUGAUAUGUACAUUUUUAAAAAUGGAGCCAAUGGCUGAUCUGCAAUACAAAUGGAGCUGUACCUGAGAGAAAAAGUAGAGAUUUGCCAGGAAAAGGGGGGGGGGGGGGGGUUCUGAAUUUGAUCUUCUUUGUUUCAUCAAAGCUUAGCAUAUACCUCAGUUACUUUAACUAGAGCCUAGACAAUAGUAACUGGAAAAGUUACUAUUAGGCUAUAACUUGUAGAAUGCCUCUCCCCAGCCAGGAUGGUGUGUCCAUGUUAGAUGGAGGUUCCUAGGGAUUGUAGCCAAAAAAACUAAUAUUUUCAAACUCUGGCACUAUUGUACAGCUACCUUCUUUAGGAAGACAGAAAGGCAUUUAAAUUUUUUUCAGGUGGUAAAGCGUACUUGACACACAAUUGGCCCAGGCAUGCUUCUUUUUUAUCUCCAGAAAUGGCAGCCAUAGAAGAGUUGUUAGAACAGUGGUUCCCAACCUUUGGUCCUCCAGGUGUUUUGGACUUCAGCUCCCACACAAUUUUUAACAGCUGUUAAGCUGGCUGGGAUUUCAUUGGAGUUAAAGUCCAAAACACCUAGAGGACCAAAGAUCCUCUUUAUUUAUUUUUUUGUGUCAAAAGCAUUGCAUAAUAAAUAAGUUUAAAAGUGAUAAAAUAAAGGAAUCACAAACAGCUAAAUAGUUUUGGACCAAAAGCGGGCAACAGCAAUCGCAUUGUCCGUAGCUUUAAACAACUCCUCCUCCGUGCAUGAGGCAAGGCAUUGUGGGCAAGCAUACAUAUAAGGAAUUGUUUGUUUAGCUCCACAGUCACACAAGGUGGAAGAUUCCUCCAGGUAGUGCCAUCUUGCCAGGCUGUCUUUUGAUCUGCCCACUCUGCUUCUCAGUCUAUUUAGGGACUUCCAAGUUGCCCAUUCUUGGUUUGCCCCUGGAGGAGGACCCUCAUGAGGGGCCAUCCAGUUGGAAUUGCCUGGUUUAGCUGCCCAGAGGGACACCCUUGCUGUUGCUGGGGGGACAUCAAGAGGAGUGGUGGUUCUCAUGAAGCCCUUUCUUGAUUUUAGUCUAAACCACUGUGUUAGAAUAUGGCAGGAUAUGAUACUAAACAGUUCCAAUUUGAUCUCAAUUGGUUCCUUCUUCCCUUAGCUGCUAUUUCCCCUUAGGGUGGAGGAAAACAUUUUUCUUAAUAGAAUCUUCCAUACUUACAGAAAUAGUAGGCAUUGGGGGUAGGGGAGAAAAAUUAUUUUAGGACCAAACUGGGGGCCAUAGUCAAAGGGCCCUUCUAUACUGACUAUAUACAGUACUUCGCAGCUGACUCAAGACCACAAAAUAAUAGCUGCCACUGCACAUUGCAACACACAUAUAAGGGUGUACCACACAUUUUUAAAAGUCUCAGGAAGGUCCGGGUUCAGUCAAAAAAUGUGCUGCAGUAAAUGCCAAUGUAGCAAAAUCCAGAGAGAAAUCGGCUCCUCAAAAUGUAGAGUACAUUGUAGAUCACCAUUGCUGCUGAAGCGCAAUAAGGAAUCCCAAGCAUGGCUGGGCAACUGGGCAACAAGGAGCUAGUUGACCCCCUGGAAGGGAUAAAUGAUUACCUCCACUUCUACUUGUCACUUUUCCUCUUUUUCACCCGGCAUGCUUCUGGUUCACUUAUGCUCCUCUCUCUUGGAAAUUGGGGGUGGGCAGUUUGAAGCCAGGUUCAGUGGUUCAUGUAAUCACCUUCCUAGCCUCAAACUGUUUCCAAGCAUGGCAGUCUGAUCACCUUACAGCGAAACUGGUUCCAAACUGGAUUAAAGUGUCAAUGCAGAAGCGCCCAGACUUUUCCCUCACUUAUAGGCUGUUUUUAAUAAGAAGAAAAAGAAAACAUAGAAGAGCAAAUCCUUUGGCAUCAUAUCUAAUUUGACCCAAGUAUACCCAUACACAGAGAUUAAAUCUGAGAUAAAUGGAAUACCUCUGGUAUUAUAAUUUCUGUAACAGUGUUCAUAAGCAAGGCUUGGAGCAGUCCAGGAUACAUAUGAUACUUGUACACUGGUAUUGAUUCCCCCCCACACACACACACACACACACACACAGAGUUUGGGAUUUAUACUGCAACCUCUUCAUUUACAGACUAUAUCCACAGUUUCACUUACCCAUGCUCCAAAAAAAAUAUUUCCUCUGGAAGUGAUCAUGGGCCUCUCUUGGGCCUCCAGUGCUAGGUCCGUCUGUGAUUUCUUUCUGGCCCAAGUAUAAUAAAAAUAUACAGUUUGCUACUAUCCAUGGUUUCAGGUAUUCACAGUCUUGGAAUUUAUCUUCCAUGAAUGUGGGGGGCCAUACUGUACUUCCACUGCAGCUGCAUAGAGUAGAAACUUCAGCAUUCCCAGAAUUUCAAAAGAUAGAGUAUCUCCUCAUCCUCUUUUUGAUUAGGAGACGGACAUGCGCCCAGAGGUCAAAAAGUGUGGUCUACCACAUUUUCAUUUAUUACUUUUUUAAAACUGCAAUGAUAAGAACAAUAAUAAUUAAUCUCUGAUGUUGUGUCAAUUAGAGAGGUAUUAUUUGAUCCAUGGUUAUGGCAUUUGAAGCAAAAUGCUUGACCAAUAGCAUAAAAUUAUACCAAUGUGGCAUCCUCCAUGUUAAAUCUUACAUAAACAUUUAUUGUUGUAUAUAAUUAGAGUUUUUAAAGCAAGGAAUACUGAGAGAUGGUUUGCCAGUUCCUUCUGAAAUUUAGUCUUCAGCACCUGGAGUUCAUUGGCAGUCUCCAUCCAAGUACUAAACAAGAUUGACCCUGCUUAGCCUCCAAGUCCAAACAGGAUCUUUAGCCAGGUUCUGCUGUCUGUACUUCUAUCAAACUGCUAGGUUUGGGGGUUUUCUUCUCAGAAAAGUGAUCUAAAGACACCUGAUGUGAUCCUUUUCCAGAUAGUAAAAAGGUACAAUUCAGAUGAGUAUUUUUGUGAAACCAUUUAUAUCUUGUGCUGAGCUACUGGAAAAGGACAGAAUAGAAAUAAAUACUUUUGCAAAUGGAGAGUUUAUAUAAUAAAUGGGCAAAGAUCUCCAUUUUCAUAAUACAGUGUUCCCUCACUACUUUGCAGUGCACUUUUCACGGAUUCGCUGUUUUGCGGUUUUUCAAUAAACUUUAAAAGACUAUUAUAAAUAAUAAAAAAUUACAAUUUACAGCCUAAGGAAGGGAGGAAGGAGAAGCUGAAGGGAGAGAAAAGGAGCCCAAGUGGCAAAGGGAAGAGAAGGAGGCAAUUUAUCAACACACGAUUGGUUGAUAAAAACCAAUACUGUUUAUAAAAUAUAAACAGUAUAUAUACAUUAUAAAAUACUGUAUAACUACUAAAAUAAUGUAUAAAUAUUAAAAUAAACAUAGUGUCUCUACUUUGCGGAUUUUCACUUAUUGUGGGUGGUCCUGGAACGUAACCCCCACGAUAAGUGAGGGAACACUGUAUAUCCUAAGGUCAGCUAAUCAUAAACUCUUUCCCAUAACCAAUAAAAACAGGAUCUAUUUACACAUUAGCCAAAGUAAUCAUCAUCUGCACUAGGAGAAGGUGAUAGCAACUUUAUACAUUUGCAUCAGAAUCAUUGUGUAUAUAUAUACAAACAUCAAAUCACAAUAGAAUGUUCAAAUCAUUUUAAAGUGGAACUGAACAGAUAUUUUACACACACAUGCACAAUGGUAAAAGUGUAUGUGAUGAGUCAGACCUAACUAAUGUGUAAUCAGGUAUGACGGUCCAUCAGAUAUGAAAAACUAUCUGUUCACAGAAUGCAGGACUCAGUCCACCCUUUUAAUGAGUGAUUAGAUCACACCCGUUUCACGUUGUCUCAGAAUAUUUUCUAUUAUACUGAAAGUUAGCAUUUAUCAGAUUCAAUCACUGAAAACUAGUACUAAACCAAUAUGGUAAGCUUGUUCUCCCUUCCUUAGUAGAAUCUUAAACAUUUUCAUAGUUUACAAGAGUACAGCAUCUAAACAACUGGCAUUUAAACAAAUGGCAGGAUUAAAAUUAAAUGUACACACAUACAUUUCCAAGCCUUAAUUUCAUAAAUUCAUACAAUUACAUGUUACGAUCCGUUAUGAAUGCAAACUAUUCCUUCAAAAGUGACAUGGAGGGCCCUUCCACACUGCCAUAUAACACAGAAUAUCAGGGCAGAAAAUUAUCUGCUUUGAACUGGGUUAUCUGAGCCCACACUGCCAAAUAUCCCACUUCAAAGCAGAUAAUAUGGAAUUUUAUUAAGGGGCCUUAGAAGGGACCUUAGAAAGCUCAGUUUGCUAGAUGUCAAGAAGUUACCCAAAAAGAAAAUUAUUACAGAAAUGAAAUUAGGAACAAGUGUUAGCCUUUACAGGAAAACAUACAAAUGUUAAAAUGCAAUAAAAGGAUAAACAAUUAAUUGUAGAAUAAGCAGAAAAAUAAUACUUCAGGUUUUGCCUCCCUCUCAAAUUUGAAUUAUUUUUUUCCAAGUCACAUAAUUCAAGCUGGGUGGCAUGAUGCCCAACUUUAAAAAUAUUCAUUCAUUUGAAUGUAACCACUAUUGAUUUAUGUGAUAAGGAGGAAAUCAUUGUUCAAGUGAGGAGUCACGGUGGUGCAGUGGGUUAAACCCUUUUGCUAGCUGGACUGCUGACCUGAAUGUUGGGAUGCUGACCUGAAGGUUGCCGGUUCAAAUCUGCGAGAUGGGAUGAGCUCCCAUCUGUCAGCUCUAGCUUGCAGGUAUAUGAGAGAAGCCUCCCAGCAGGAUGGUAAAACAUCCGGGUGUCCCCUGAGCAACGUCUCUGUAGAUGGCCAGUUCUUUCACACCAGAAACGACUUACAGUAUGUUCUCAAGUCACUUCUGACACAAUAAAAAAUUGUACAAGCAACAUUGUAUAACAUUAACUAGAAUUAAGUUCCAUUAAAAUAGCAGAAAUUGUAGUCUUACAUAAGUGCAUGUACACUUAUCCAGGAGUAACUACAGCACACUGAACGUGUGUUGUAUCACAAAUUGUACUGAAGAGAAAUUAUAUUUACAAGGUCCAUUAGAAAGGAAAUUAGACCUCUGUUGCCAGCUAAAUACAAUUAAGAAGGCCAUAUCCCUCUGAAACAAAAUGUAAGAUUCAGAACUUAUAUAUAUCCUGCCCCGUGUGUCAAGGUACCCAAAUCGUAUAGAAAGCACAUGAAUGUUACUAGAAGCCAUGCAACUCUUACCUUCAUUAUGGUACCUCCAUGUACCAUAAUAUUUUUCAUAGGUGACUCUUGCCCAGUUAUAUUUACUGCCAUUCCAUUCUCAAUAGCAUCUUGGAAUUGUUAUCUUGACUAUGUUCCACGUGCUUGGCAUCACAUAUAAAUCCAGUCACACUGGUACUGUGUUGGUAACAUUUAUAUGCCAGGGUUCUACAACUCAAAAGUAUGUCCUGGAUGGCAGGCUGAGGCUAAUACUAUAAAGAAACAUAGGCAAAGAAUGGCUGGCUGUGGUUACAUCAGUGGUGUGGUGAAUCCACUCUGGAUUUUGUUCCAAACUUUAUAGGGGCUUUUAAAGAAUCUGAUAGUACAUGGGAACGUACGUGGUACAUUUUGUUCAUUUGAAGUGGAAUUGCAUUAGAACUAAUUAGUAGCUACUACAAGUCACUAGAUUUCUUUAUAUAAUUAAAGCUACACAUUCUUGGAAAUCAAUCCCAAUAGGACUUACUUCGGAACAAAAAUGCAUAGGACUGGAUUGAAAGUGCCUUACAAUAACAAGAAAUAAUAUAUAAUGUUUCACCCCUUUAAUCUUCCAGAAGGUUUUGGUUGGGAAAUUAUGGGUUUCCAUAUUUUUAAUCUCUUCAAAUGGUAUUUUUCUAGCAAAUCAAAAGCCUCAUUUUGACCAAUACCACUAGUUGGUGAACCUUUAUUCAGGCCAAGGUCACUGGGACAAAACUGAAAUGAACUAAAAAGGAGAUACUGGAUCUAUGGAGUCUGAAAUAGGAGAUUGUAUGUGUAUGACUUGGAUGCUUUUCAUGAAGCCAAAAUUACACAGACCAACACACAUUUUGGUGCCUUGUCUCUAGAUAUAUUUGACCUGCUUUCCAAAAAUGGCACCAGUUUUCCCCUAUCAGCUCUAGUUUCUGAGAUAUAGAAUAUAUGACAUCUACCAGUCACCAUUUGCUCAGCCAUAGAAAACCACAAUAACCAUGUCUAAGAAACUAGAGUUAAUGCAGUUUAUCCAAUGAAUUUUCUGAAUCAGUGUCCCAAAUAAGUCCAGGAUCGGGCCUAAAAAUCAACACAUCCAUUAAAAAAAUCAUCACCUGAGCUGCAAAGACUCCUCAAACUAUAACCCAGCAGCCAUCAUAUAGCUCAAUUCUUCUCUAACUCCUUCCCAUAAUUCCUCAGGCCAAGUUUUGAUAUCCCAAUACAGUAUUAUCCCAGCUAAACUCUCUUUCCUCUUUGUCUGUUUAAAUGGUGUCCUAAACGUCUCGCUAGUUAAAGAAAUACCCAAAGUGCCAAGUGGGAAGCAGAGUUUUAAGCUGGUUUUUAAAGUCGUACUAAGGAUGAGCCAAAAUAAUUCAUACACAUUGUGCCUUUUAUACAUCCGCUCUUGAGUGUUAUCUAAAUCCAUGAAAACAGAGAAAAGAAUCCAUGAAAACAAUAUGUUUACUGAAGUGCCUUGCUCAUAUGAAUCUGGAUUCAGUUUUCCUUUGAAUUGGGCCCAAUCUUUUCACUGCCUUUAAUUCCAAUUUGGGGGAAGAAGAGAGGGCAGAAAUUAAAUCAGUAAAUAAAACAAUAAAAACAAGGACUGAAGACCAAAAAGCAAAAAUCCUCCCCUAAUAUUUGGAAAGUUAAAUAUUUAAUAUAAUUAUUUUGUUUAAAAGCUAAUUUACUGCCAUGGGAUAUCAAGUUGGAAAAAGUACAAGACAGGUGCUAAAAAUGGUUAAAACAUAGCUCAGAAACAAACUAAGAAAUGCCAGUAUUCUCAAAGGUAAAACAUUGUGUGUUUAAAUUUGUAUGGGCACUGAAUUCUGCAUUAAAAAUCAUAUAUUCUCUACUAAUUGUUUUUCCCAAAGCUGAUAGUCAUUAUGGGCUGAUCUCAGCCAGCUGCUGUCUCAAUGUAUAGCCUUCCGAUGAAAACCCUUUAAAUGAGUUAGAAGUAAAGAUAAGAUUAUGAAAAUGGAAAGUUACUUGGAUUUGACAUACUUCCAAAUAUAUAUAAUCUUUUGAGCAUAUUUUUUUUAUUUUAACUACUAUAUUGCCAUAAGAAACAAAAUAUCCUAAAGAAGACAGACAUCCUCUCACACAUACACACACACACACACACACAUAUACAAAUCCAACAAUGGAAAGAAACAAGAAAAGAAACAUACAAACAGAAAAAUAAGGGUAGAGGAAAUCAUUGAAAAAGAUUUUAAAAAAUACUCCCACCCUCUUCAAUGGAGAUUAAAUAUGUCGAUCUGAUGUUUUUUGUUUUGUUUUGUUUGUUUGUUUUGGGGGGGGGGGGGUUAAACUGUUUUAAGAAAAUUCUACCAAACUGCAUGAAUGAUCAAUUAAUAGACUUUGCUCAUAAAUCUUAUACACCUAUACCUGAGAUUACGUUCAACUGAAUUGAAUAUUUACAUUAAAAGGCCUUGAAUUGCACUGUAGAACUGCACUCCUCGUUCCAUCUCGCUAAAGAAGCAGGAUUUUGAUGGGUUUUUAAGACUGGUUUUCUAUCACACCAUGAGCAGGAAUUGUGUGAUCUUGCUCAACUAUUGCAACACCAUCCUUCUCCAUUGAAUAUAUUAUCUGGGACUAAGGAGAAAUGUAAUGCAACCAUUUUUGGAGUGCCGCACUUUGUCCAACAUAGAUCAAGAGAAUGAAUCUGUGUGUAGUGAAGGGAAAGUGGAGUACAGUUGUCCCUCCACAUUUGUGUUUUUGACUUUUGGAGAUUUGAGUAUUCACAGAUUAAAAUAUUCUCUGUAGAAAUCUCCAGGACCUAGAGAUUUCUAAAGAGAACAUAUCUCUAGGAAACUCUAGGUUCUUCAAUGUGAUCCUAUAGUCAGCUUCCAGUAGAAAUUGACCAUAGUGUUGCUCUUGAAGACCUAGACAUUCCUAGUAGACUUGUGUAUUUUGGCUGAACCUCAAUCUAUUUCUGCUGGCAGGAUACUGGUAGACCCUCAUAUCCAUUUUUGCACGCCUCCCAAAAACAGGUGUGCAGCCAGAUAGAGUUUUCAGACUGCAGCCGACCUACCUCCCCAGCCUCCUUUCCUAUCAUUUUAGGCAAUGGCAUUGUUUGUCCUUCUAUCUUUCAUUAAGACCUGGAUUUAAAAUCAUCAGAGUUAAGAUACCACUCUUUCUGUGAUCCUUUCCCUUUGGAGACCUGGGUUAAUGCUUCGUUAAAGCUGUUUCUACUCUGGAGGAGACAGGUGGCAGCACACACACUCUCUCCCUGCAUGUAGCUUUCCAUUAAGACAUUUUAAGGAGGCUUCCCACUUCCCACUGGGAAGGAAGAGCGAUGACCUGUAACUAUCCUCUGGGCUUCCUUUAAAAAGCCCUCUCUUUUCUCUUGAUUUGCACUGCAGGCCCUGUCUGCCUUUUCCCCCCUCACACCUUUCUGCUUCAGGUUUAAUGCUUUCUUAAAGCUGUUUCUACUUUCUACCGUAGAGGAGAGGUAACUAGGUGGUGGUGGUAGUUUUUUGAGAAUGAGGCUUUUCUUUUUGUUUGCUGGGAUUACUAUUAUUAUUAAGAAUUAUUAUCUUUUAGAAGUAUUUUCUGAAGGGAAGGAGAAAAGGUGUGACUCUCCAAACCGCCAAAUGUGUGCAUACACCCUACCCACCCGUCUCGCACGUUCCCGGCUCCCAGUCUGUCCACUAAAUAAAAAGAAUCAAGAAAAUAAAGGAAAAUCAAAAAAGAUUCAAGAAAGAGGCUAAGCCAUAAGCCAAGCCAAAAAAUACCCUGAAGCCUGGUGUGAUGCCAAUAGAGGGAAGAGGAGACGUGAUCAGCUGCCACAUGGUCCCGUUACGGACAAGAAAACAUGAAUGAUGAGCUUUUGCCAUUACAGCUAGCAGGUAGACCCGAAGAAGCCAAUUUGGCCGAAGUAAAAUGGCUAAAACGGAUCUAUCCCCAAGUCUAAUUCCUAGAGAGGCAUUCUAUCAGGUAAACAAAAAUAGCAAUUUCUUUAUUCAUGGUUUUUCUUAUUCAGUGGCCUCAUACCCCCAACCCCAGCAAAUGUGGAUGGUUGACUAUAUGUGCCUUUUUAUCAGGCAAGGUGGAAAACAUGUAGUUUUCCGGACAUUGUUGAACUAUACAUUUCAUCAGUCCUAGACAGCACAGUCAAUGGUGAUGGGUGAUCAAAAUUGUUAUUUGUUAACAUCUGGAGGGACUCCAGUGCUCCUUCUAUUAAACAAUUCUGACAGGAUCUGGCUAAGACAUGCCAUUUAUUGAAUCUUAUGUUUUCUUUUAAAAUGUGAAAUCAUGCCAGCGAAUAUAUUUUGUCAGCUCUAUUUCAGAGAGAAAUCCUUCAUCUUGUCAGAAAUCUACUUCUGGAAAGCUUUGCAAGAGUCAUUUGGAAUUCAUGUGGCAAUUUACCUCAUGUAUAAACUGAGCAGAUUGCUUAUUUUAUUUAUGUUUCUCCUUUCCACAUAAAAAGGCACUCGAUGCAGCUAACAAUAAGAUGGAUUAAACACAGAAUAUUAAAAGAAAAAAAAUUAAUCAGUUGGAGCCCCUUCUAACAGUGAAUCAGUUAACAUUUAUGAGUGUUUAGCACAUAAAUUUCACACAUUUGUUUAACCAUAUUUGAAAUGGCUCAUAUUUAAACGUUUCCUUUUCCUUAAAGGAAAAUAAACAUUAAAACAAGGGUAGAAGGAUGUAGGAAGUUAUUUUUAUUACAGUGUGGCAAAGGCAAUAGCCUUAGCCAUUAAUCUGUCCUUUGUGUUGUUUCAGCUACCUAUAGAGGCUUUGUUAAUUAAAACCUGCACAUGAAGAGAACAUAUGUUAUUGUUUGAAAUACAGUUCCCAGAAUUUUCCAGCUAAUAUAAGAUUCUGGGAACUGUGGGCCAAAAAAAAGUAAUUUCUCCUAAGCACGUUGGUGAUUUGCUAGGCCAUAAGGUCAUGUUGGCAAUCCAUUUGUGUAUCAUAUACAUAGUACAAAAAUGGCAAUUCUUUACUUGUGAAUUUCCUUUCUUGUCAGUGAGAAAGUAGUGCCCACCACCACCACCAUUAUGGGCACGUUCCGUCUCUUCUGCGGCCAGUAUGCAAGCUUCCAUCUUUUUCUUCAAGUAGCUCAACCAGCUGAGCAAUUUAAGUGCUAUAGCUUUAGAGAGGACUGUGGUAUUCAUUCUUCCUCCUUCUCUUGGGGUCCUUUCACACAACCAUAUAACCCAGGAUAUCAAGGCAGAUAAUCCACAAUAUCUAUUUUGAACUGGAUUAUCUGAGUCCACACUGCCAUAUAAUCCAGUCCAAUGUGGAUUUUAUACAGUUGUGUGGAAGGGGCCUUUGAAACUGGCCUGGAGACCAAGCCUGGAGAUGCCUUCUGAUUCUGAGGCAGGAAAUAAAUAGUCUGAGUUCUCCUCCAAGAAGAAGACUAGGGCUCUUUCCACACAGCUGAAUCAAAUCCCACAUCAUCUGCUUUGAACUGGAAUAUAUGGCAGUGUGGAGUCAAAUAACCCAGUUCAAAGCAGAUAUUGCGGGAUCGCUGAGGCCCCUUCCACAUAGCUGAUAAAAUCCUACAUUAUCUGCUUUGAAUUGGACUAUAUGACAGUGUGGACUCAGGGCCCUUCCACAGAGCCAGAAUAUAAAGGCAGAAAAUCCGACAAUAUCUGCUUUGAACUGGGUUAUGUGGAUCCACACUGCCAUAUAUUCCACUUCAAAGCACAAGAUGUGGGAUUUUAUUCAGCUGUGUGGAAGGAGUCUCAGAUAACCCAGUUCAAAGCAGAUAUUGUGGGAUUUUCUGCCUUGAUAUUCUGGGUUAUAUGGCUGUGUGGUAGGUCCAUAGAUCCUAUUAAUUGGUCCCAGAGAAUGCAGAAAAUCCCCAUAAUUACUGGAUUUCUUUCCGUCUCUUGACCAGAGAAGUAUCCUGAUUCACCUAUGGAGGCUGUAAUGAGCUUAGUAGGUCACAUGCUGUAUAGAAUUACUGUAGGUAAUAUAGCUUAUUCUGUCAGAUGCUAACAUUUCACCAAGCUUUUAGCAACUCAUGCCUAAAUACGUAGCUAUAUGUGUAAUUUCUGACUGUGUUUGCAUGAGGGUGGGGACUUGAGUAGUCUUCCAUUGCUACUUGUGGUCAACCAAUUGGUGCCUUUAGAUGCCAGCAGAUCAACCUGGUGCAACCUUAUUCUGCCACUCAAUAGCUGAAGCUGAUCUUGUACAGGUCAUCCCAAGAAUCUUGAAGAACAAUUGUAUGAAUCUUUUACGUCUAAAAUAAAUUUGCCAAUUAAUUUAAAAAUGGUUGCCAGCUGGGCCACAGCUCAGUGAUUAUAAUAUAUCAGAGCCAGAUUCAGAUUCAGCAACUUUGAAUUGCUCAGACAGCAAGCCUUUUCCUAAAUGUCUAAUAAUGAGGCCAAGAACUUGUAAUAACCAGUGUCCAUGAUUGUUAUUUACAUGAGACCUUCAUCCAAAGGCAAACAGUUCCUAUAUACCAUUCACCAACUGAUAUGUCUCUUCCUCAACAGGCUUUUACAACCAACUUUGAAUUGCACAGACCCAUUUGAGGGGGUUAUCCAAAAUGAUCACCUCAAAUGGAAACAAAUGAAGGAACUGUGUUCAUUGAAUGGGUCUAGAUUCAAGUUUAAAUCAUACUUGGACUUAACUCACUGAAAUCCGUGAUGGAGUCCCAAAUAUGAUCCAUUUUUUAAAAUUCUGAAUAAAAGUAAAAACAAAUCUCUAAUAUAAAAGAAUUCAUUGCAGAGCCUGUUUAUGAAUUAACCCUUUUCCCCUUUCCAUGGUUCAUUUCAUCUAGGAUUUUUGAGACAUAGUUUAAUGGAACUGUAAAGUAUGUGUUGCUAAUUUUAUCGUACAUCCUUAUCAAUUCAAAUAGGAAAGUUUAAUUGCAAAGAUAAAAUCAAAAACAUUUUUCAAACCAUCCUUUGAUGUGCUUCGGGAGAGUUUUUCACACCAGGAUAAUUUAGGAUGGGGGUGAGCUGCUAAAAGAACCCCCUUUCCGUGUUUGCUUUUGGAAAUGAAAGGAAAGAUUUCGAGGAAAUAAAUUCAACAGAAUGCCAAGGGAGGAAAAAUAGACUAAUUUUUUACAAUUAACUUUUCUACUUUGUACAAAGAUAUGCUGCAUUUUUCUGAUUCAAAUUCCUGACCUGUUAGUGCAAUGUGGAUUUCUGUAUAUGCUUUUUACACAUUCAAUUCUAACUUUUUAGUGUAUGUGUGUAUAUGUGUGUGUGUGUUUUAUGUACUGUUUUUGUUAGGAUGUUUCCUUUUUCUUACUGUAUAUGAUUGCAUGUUUAGGAGGGUUUCCCCACAUAGUUUAAAAGGUCUGCUUAAUAUAGCAUUAGAAUUCUUUGCUGUCAACACAAAAGUUCUUUCAGAUGUUUUUCCAAAGGUGUUUUUUCUGGAUUAGAUUGUGCAUUUUAUAUGUUUUAAAAUAUCUAUAAAGCCCACAAUACUGUGAUUAUUUUCAUAUGCUGAUUAACUGAUCUAGUAUAGGAGAAAGGCCCAAGAAGGCAUCCUCUGUAAGCCUCAUUGCUCUUGCUCCGCUUUCAUCCAAUGUAAUGGGGACACUGGUGCCUUUUCAGUUUGAGGAGAAGGUAACAUCCAGUAAAAUCUACUCUUAGCUAUAUUAAAGAGUCAGUGGCAAAACAAGAAAAAGAUGUGCUUUAUAGCAUUACUUUGCCAGUUUCUUUCAAACCUUAUAGUACAUACAUCAGGUAUUAUUACCAGGAUAAAUGGUUUUCCCCCAUCUUUGUACCUGAUGUAAGUGUAGUAAGGCUAUGCCCCCAUAUGCCGAAAAUAAAGAUUUGCCAAAAUGGUGUAUAUUUUUGGCUCAGGUGAAUAUAACUUGUCAAAAAAGAUAGAGAAAUUAUCACUGCCCUUUCUAUGUUAACUACCUUUGACCAAAGUACAUUCAUGUUUGUGUAUCUUCUUAGCAUUAAUGGAUCGUGCUUGCCAAUCAUGUUGGACUCCUCAUUUUAAUCUACUUUUUAGAGUACUCUAAAAAGCAGCCCCCUCUAAUAUUGAGAAGUCACUUAGACCCCACACAUUCGUAUUUUGGGGCAAAAAAUGCCACGGUAAUAAUUUUAUUGAUAGUUUUAACACUGCUUCUUCAGAAAAUGCUAAAAUAGUAUUUUAAUUGCUAAUGAAUUUGCCCGUGUGCACCUAUUUGUAUUAUUUGUACCACUCCCUUUCUCAGGGUACUUAGGAGCAUCCCAACUUAUUUUCUGAAUAACCCUAUGCCAAUGAGGUCAAUGCAUGGUAAUUUUUUUCAAGCCCAACGACUGAACCUCAUAUGGAAGCAGGGAUUUAACCCAGGUAUUAUUAUUGUCAGCCAACACUACCCCCUACAUCACUUUCUUUGAGGAACAAUCAUAUCCAUAGAACUAGAAUUGGAGGGGACCCCAGGGCGCCGAAUCCAGCCAUUUGCCAGCUGCAGGUAAUCCACUGCUAUAGUAUCCCAGAAAGAGGAUCACCCAACUUCCAUUAGGCAACCUCCACAGAACAGCCAAUUUUUCUCAAUAUGCUUUAACACACAAGCUGUCACCUAUUUGAUUGUUCUAUUCAUUCAUUCUUUUCUUGGUCAAUAACAAAUCCAUCCUUGUCCAAGUACGGAGAUGUGGCAGAUUAUUGCUGAUUAAAAAUGCUUCAGAGCCUUUUUGUUAUAAGCUCUAGCAUUCUUGGUCCCAUCUUUUCAUUAGUUGUUCUUUUUUCUGAUUUUUUAAAAUUUUAAUCAUUGCAUAUUUUAGAAAACAAUGCCACCCACUUGAGAAAAAAUAUAUCCUCAGAGAAAUGUGAAUAGCAACAGAAUCCAGCAGCUACCGUCCUCUUGCUUCAUCACACUUGGUAUGGAACACCUAGAUUUUUAAAUGCUGCAGUCACUGGCAGGUACAAAUUACCGUAAUAGAAAAGGACGGGAAAGUAGCAUUAUCUACCUUGUUCAUUAAGCCAUUUUUCAUAGCUUCAAGAAGUGUAUUAAAUGUAAAUUAUGUUAGCUGAUGUAUACCUAGUAAACAAAUAAAUAUUAUUUUUAAAAUA